AUGGGCGUCGAGGACAAGUCGGAGUUGGCCACUCAACCGCCACUAGUACUGAAGUACGAUACUCGACUCAGUCAACUGGACUCGCUCGUUGUCUUCGAUUGCUUGGACUACCUCGUCAAGAGAACCACUGCCCCGCGAAGUGCGCUUCUCAGAAUGCCAGCUUCAGCCAAGCGAGAGCUUUUCGGUGGAGCGAUUACGACGACUCUGCCUACCUCAAUAAUCGACGCAUCGAUGCGCCUGAUGGAGCUAAGCGAUCUGCGACAAGUACCUGACACUCAGGAAGUCUUCCUAUUCCCGGACGCAGACAUCAGCAUCAUUGUUGAGGUCCUUCAGCGCGUCGAUGCUGAACAACCCGCCGACAUCGCGAAGUUCCAUUUCGAUUCCCUGGCUCACGAUAACGAUGCAGUUGAACACAAGAUCAUCGAAGUGUCUCAGCUCUCGGGCGAGAGCAGUGGGAAUCAUACCCCUCUGCCCAUCGUCCUGAGCGGAACACAGCUCGUUCGCAAAUUCAACCACGCCCAGCCUGAUGAGCUCCGAAUAUUGCUGGCCGUGUACCGUCUUCAAGACAAGAAUGUCGAUCUCGUGGUGUCUAUGAACAUCCCGAUGAAAACUUCCGACGGUGCGAUUGUCACUGAAGGCCAGUUCGCUGCUGCUCAGGAAACUUUUUCGAUUGCUGCGCGAUCCCUCCGAAUUGUGGACUACGGCUUAUUUGCCUGA